AUGCUGUUCAAACCAAAAAUAUCCGAUGUUUAUGGAGAAGAUGUAUUGACCGAAUGCCAGUGCCAAAACUGGUUUGAAAAAUUUGGAUCCAGCAAUUUUGAUCUUGAAGAUACACCAUGCUCUGGAAGGCCAGUUGACGCUGAUGAAGACACGAUAAAGGCAUUAAUUGAUGCAAAACAGCGAAUAACAACUCGUGAGAUCACUGAAAGAUUAAAUUUCUCGAAUUCGACCCUUCAUGAUCAUUUAAAAUGCCUAGAUUUAAUCUCAAAGCUCGAUAUAUGUGUUUUUCAUGUUCUUAAAGCUCUUCUUUAG